AUGGCGAAGGAUAAGAGCCGAGUGGAGAAGGGGAAACGCAAGCAAGGACGAGGCGAGUCGAAGAAACAACAUUCGCAGUCCACCCGACGGUUCAGAUUCAAGAGCUUCACGCGGCAGGUGGAGGAGGCGCAGGUGGAUGUCUUCCGCUCGCUCGCGCCCGCGCAACAGCAGCCCUCCGCCGGCUGCUCCUCCUUCUUCCAGCAGGCGCUGCUGCACUGGCGGGAGGAGAGCGCGGCGGUGGAUUUCAACGAGGUGCACAGCGAGGUGGCGCCGCUGGUGGCGUCGCUGCCGCAGCUUGUCUUCCACCGAGAACGCAUCGUGCACGCGCUGCUAGCACGCCUCUCCAUGCGCGCCCUCCUCUCCCUGCAACCCCUCCUCAGGUGCCCACCCACGCCGCUUCUUCUCUCCAUUCCUUCCCUCUCCCCUCUCCCCCCGGCACCGCCAUCCCACACGCUCGCUGAUUUGAUUUGA